AGAAAGAAGACUCGCCCCGGGGUCACGUGAUGCUUUGCUACUACGUUUGGCCGAUGCGAUGUUUGUCGUUUGCGUCAAAAGCAUCAAAGAGGGCCAUCUUUGUCCUUUGUGCCGAUGCGUUGUCGUGGCGGCGCGGCGGCUCCAACAGCCGCAUUGGUGCUGGUGGAACGACGCCGGGCGGGACGAUCCACUCGACGACGGGAGGAGCGGAACCAGAGGAGGCUAAGCGAGGCCUAGCGCACGUCACGUGACCAGCAUGCGGCGGAGAGCUUGAUUAAAAAAAAGAAGAAGAAGAAGAUGGCGUGAGAGCAGCGGCGCGGACAGGACAACAACCGAACCCUCGCGGCGAGGCACCCUCACUGCGGACGUAGAGUGCCCCGUGUUCCGCCACUCAAGUAAGAUGGAUCCCGAACAGGAUUUACUUCUCACUGCUCUCAGCGAGAGCGGCAUUUGCCCCAAUGACAUUGGAGUAUUUGACGUCGAUUCUCAGGAUGUCGCGCAGCCCUCCGCAGCUCAGCAAUCUAUCUCAAUCAGCGCCCUGGAUGCCGGCUUGGGGAACGAGUCUGGGGAAGUUAAAACUGAAUCGCCGCCCCCAGGUCCCAUCGUGACUAUCAGGCAACACAAACCUCAGCCGUCGACCACCACCUUUGUCUUAAAUCAGCUGAAUCAGCUUCCGUCGCUCGGAACGGCCACCACCAAGCCGUUGUCGGGGAACUCCGUCAAACACACCAUCACCGUCACCAAGGUGGUCCACGUCCCCAACGCCGCCCUGCGAGGCUCGUCCACGCCCACCUCCACGAUCACCACCCCCUCAGUGUCCACAGCCGUGCCUUCAAACCCCGACCAGAUCCAGUUAAAAGACCUCCUCAGGGCGGGAGGUGCCAAGAAUUCAAGCCUGAAGGGCAACAGUCUGGUGGAGCUCAUGAAACUCAAGCCUCCGCCAGACAUCGCCACGCCGGUAGCCACCGCCACAGGGCCCAGUGAGAUGAACAACGGCAUCAAGAAGGAGAACCCGGCAAAAGAAAACGUUAGAAACUGGAACAACGACGAGGUCAAAAUGCACGCUUUCUCACAUUCCCUGCACGCGCCCGGGACGAGGGACGAGGACGAGCCUGAGGAGGAGGAAGAGGAGGAGUUGGGUCACGCCGAAACGUACGCAGAGUACAUGCCGAUGAAGCUGAAAGUUGGCCUGCGGCAUCCCGACCCAGUGGUGGAGACCAGCUCCCUGUCCAGCGUCAACCCGCCGGACGUUUGGUACCGCCUGACCAUCCCGGAGGAGGUCAUCGACCGCGGCUGCCUGUCGGCUCUGCAGCUGGAAGCCAUCACGUACGCCGCACAGCAACACGAGACGUUCCUGCCGAGCGGCGACCGAGCGGCCUACUUGAUCGGCGACGGCGCCGGUGUGGGGAAAGGUCGCACCAUUGCCGGGAUCAUCUAUGAGAAUUACCUCCUGGGCAGGAAGCGGUCGCUAUGGUUCAGCGUUUCCAAUGACUUGAAGUAUGACGCCGAGCGGGAUUUGAGGGACAUUGGCGCCAAGAACAUCCAGGUCCAUUCCCUCAACAAGUUCAAGUACGGCAAGAUCUCCUCCAAACACAACGGCAGCGUGAAGAAAGGCGUCAUCUUCGCCACUUACUCGUCGCUGAUCGGAGAGAGCCAGUCGGGCGGCAAGUACAAGACCAGGUUUGAGCAACUGCUCCACUGGUGUGGCGAGGACUUUGACGGCGUUAUUAUCUACGACGAAUGUCACAAGGCUAAAAAUGUGUGUCCCAUCGGAUCGUCCAAACCCACAAAAACAGGGCUGGCGGUGCUGGAGCUUCAGAACAAACUCCCCAAGGCCCGCGUGGUGUACGCCAGCGCGACAGGUGCUUCGGAACCAAGGAACAUGGCUUACAUGAACCGCCUGGGCAUCUGGGGCCAUAAAACACCUUUCAGGGAGUUUGGCAACUUCAUUCAAGCGGUGGAGCGCAGGGGCGUGGGCGCCAUGGAGAUCGUCGCCAUGGAUAUGAAGCUGAGGGGAAUGUACAUCGCCCGGCAGCUGAGUUUCACCGGCGUGACGUUCAAGAUCGACGAGGUCCCGCUGACUCAUCGCUACAUUCAAAUGUACAACAAAUCGGUCAGGCUGUGGGUGAGCGCUCGGGAGAAGUUCCAGCAGGCGGCCAACCUGAUGGAUGCCGAGCAACGUAUGAAGAAGUCCAUGUGGGGCCAGUUCUGGUCGGCCCACCAAAGGUUCUUCAAGUACCUUUGUAUCGCCUCCAAGGUCCGGAGGGUGGUCCAGCUGGCCAGGGAGGAGGUCCAGAAUGGGAAGUGUGUGGUGAUCGGCUUGCAGUCCACCGGAGAAGCCAGAACUCUGGAGGCCUUGGAGGAAGGUGGCGGGGAACUUAACGACUUUGUGUCAACCGCAAAAGGUGUGCUGCAGUCCCUGGUGGAGAAGCAUUUCCCGGCUCCCGACAGACGGAAGCUUUACAGCCUGCUGGGCAUCGACCUCUCGGCCAAGAAGACUCCUUCGCCUGCUGACUCCACGUCCCAGUCCCAGCAGAAGGGCAAGAAAAGGAAAGCCCCGGAGAUUAAGACGAAACAGCAGAAGAAGAGAGCUCGCAAUCACGGCGGACUGUCGGGCACAAGCUCGGACGAGAGCCAGUCGGACGAGUCGGACAAAGACUCGGGCAGGGACGGCGACAGCGACGACAGCUUCAAAUCGGUCAGCUCGGCGGACGAGGACGACGACUUCAACCCGUUCAGAGAGGAGUCUGGCGAGGACGACGAGGACGAUCCCUGGCUUGUCCGCAAGGAGCCCAAGAAGAACAAAGAGAAAAAGAAGCAAAAGCGAAGGAAGAGCAUCGACCCCGAUUCCAUUCAAAGUGCCUUGCUGGCCUCGGGCCUGGGCUCCAACCGGCCGACGUUCACCGCCCCCGUCACCCCUACGCCCACGCCGACUGCAGUUAAAGCGGAGCCCGACAACAGCUGCUUGACGAGCCAGGACGCCGUGGAACACGCUCAGAAGAUGAAGAGGGACCUCCUGGAAAAACUGGAGGAGCUGGCCGAGGAGCUGCCACCCAACACGCUGGACGAGCUCAUCGACGACCUGGGAGGACCCGAAAAUGUUGCUGAGAUGACGGGUCGCAAAGGCCGCGUGGUCAGCAACGACGACGGCACCAUCACGUACGAGUCCCGUUCAGAGCUGGACGUUCCCGUCGAAAUCCUCAACCUCACGGAGAAGCAACGUUUCAUGGACGGGGAAAAACACAUCGCCAUUAUCUCGGAAGCGGCCAGCUCGGGCAUCUCGCUGCAGGCCGACCGCCGGGUCAAGAAUCAGCGCCGCAGGGUCCACAUGACGCUGGAGUUGCCGUGGAGUGCCGACCGAGCCAUCCAGCAGUUCGGAAGAACUCACAGGUCCAAUCAGGUCACGGCUCCCGAGUACGUCUUCCUCAUCUCCGAGCUGGCUGGCGAGCAGAGAUUUGCCUCGAUCGUGGCCAAAAGAUUAGAGAGUCUUGGGGCGCUCACGCAUGGAGACAGAAGAGCGACGGAGACUCGAGACCUCAGCAGGUUUAACUUUGAUAACAAAUACGGACGAAACGCUCUUGAAAUCGUAAUGAAGUCGAUAGUGAAGCUCGACACGCCGCUCGUGUCGCCCCCCUCGGACUUUCAAGGAGAUUUCUUCAAAGACGUUCAAAGGGGCUUGAUCGGCGUGGGCCUCAUUAAUGUGGAGGAUCGAUACAACUCGCUCUCCCUGGACAAAGACUAUAACAACAUUGGGAAAUUCCUCAACCGCAUCCUGGGCAUGGAGGUCCAUCAGCAGAACGCCUUGUUCCAGUACUUCUCCGAGACGCUGGCGGCCGUCAUCCAGGAAGCCAAGCGCAACGGCAGAUUCGACAUGGGCAUUCUUGAUCUUGGUUCUGGUGAUGAGAAGGUAAAGAAGUUGGACUGCAAAAAGUUCCUGACGCCGGGCUACACGGCGUCAGGCCACGUUGAGCUUUUCACGGUGGGCGUGGAACGAGGGAUGUCCUGGGAGGAAGCCACGCAUGCGUGGGCGGAACAGAACGGGUCGGACGAUGGCUUCUAUGUGCAGUCACGGAACAACAAGAAGACAGCCAUCUUGGUGAAGGAGGUGAACACAAAGAAGAGGCUCUUCCUGGUCUACCGGCCCAACACGGGGAGGCAGCUCAAGCUGGAAUCGUACGCUGACAUCAAGAAGAAGUUUAAGAAGGUCUUAUCAGAAGACGCCAAGCAACACUGGAACGAACAGCACAGCUCGUCAGCAAAGAUUUGCUCGCAUGCUUUCUGGCGGGGCAACUGCAAGAAGGCCUCGGUGGGGCUGCAGUGCGAGGUGGGCCUGCGCUGCCGCACGUAUUACGUGCUGUGUGGUUCUGUGCUGAGCGUGUGGAACGAGCUGGAGGAGGUGCUCACGCCCGUUAGCGGCACCAACGUCAAGGUGCAGAUCGUGCGUCUGCGCACCGAGGACGGCCAGCGAAUCGUCGGACUGAUCAUUCCGGCCAACUGCGUGUCGCCGCUGAUGCACAAGCUGUCCACGUCGGACCAGUUCCAGCAGCUGGCCGUGCAGGAGCAGUACAAGAGGCAGCAACUGCACCCCCAAAGCCUGAGCCACGUGCCCAACACAUAGUGAUGGCAAGACGGACGGCGUCGUCAACGCGGACUGGUGUAUAUACAGGAAAAAAAAAAAAAAGAAACGUUUCAGGGUUGUUGUUUUUUUUGUUGUUUUUUUAAAUUCUCUUUUAAUUUGGAAGACUCGCCAUCACCCCUCAUUCCGACAGGGGUGAUGUUUUUCGUCCUCUGACAUUCAGAGUAGAAGAUGUGCGACGGACCCCUGCCACACUGGAAACUGAGCGCUACGUUACAAUCCAAGAAUAAAUCCUUCAGACUUUCACUUUUCCAUCCGUGUUUCAUUUCCCACGAUUGUCGUGAGGGAUCUUUGUUUCGACCUGCGUUACUCGAAACUCCAAAAAAGUUGGAGAUUUGUGAUUUGAUUGACCCGCAUGACGUCUUUUAUUGUUUGCUUUGAAUGGUCUUCUCAGGUGUUUGACCACGACAGCUCAUUCCGUAAUCAAAUACGUCCUUUUCGUCUUCCAUCAUGUGACGUAGGAUGGCACCGCUACAACCGCUAGUGGAGAAAUAAAUCAAUUGUUCUUGGUUCAGAAAUGCCAAUAGGAAUCAUGCUAAUGUUGAUUUAUUUUUUAUUUUUGGGACAUUGAUAUUUUUAAAAAGUUGUAUAUUGAACUGGCCCGUUCAUAUCUUCAAAACUCUACUUCGAGUUUGCCUUUCAUGGAAAGCUGUUUGAGCAUUUCAUGUCCACUCCGUGUACUUGUAAUGUUAUUAGUAAGACAGUCAUUCUGCUAAUGUAUGUUCAUGAGUGUAUGGAAAGAGCCCGUUAAUCUAAUCUGGUCCUUAAUCUGCAUAUUUAUGGAAACCUGUUUUAAGCAUUCAUUUGAUAUUGAUAUCAAUUUUAAGCUCUAUGUACUAGUGCACUUGACCUUGUGACAAAUAAGGUGUCAUACAGCAGCAGGAAAUGUGGACACAAGAAUUUGUGUUUUGCUAGUGAGGUCAAAGGGCAUACUAGCCCAGCCCUUAACAUGGAUAUCAACGAUAUUGAAUACUUUAAUUCUCAGUGCACUAAGAGGAUGAUGGGGAAAAAAAUGCCCUAAGGUUUGGGACAUAUUGCAUUUGGGGUCUGUCGGGGCUUUGGAAUGUCAGCAAAAUCUUUUCUCGCUGACGUGGCCCAUGAAGUGACACAACGCUCAAUAAAGCAGUACUUGUA